ACCAUUAUCAAGAUGCGUCAGCUCGUCUUUCUUCCCCUGCUCCUGGCGGCUUCAACCGUUACAAGCCAAAUCGUGAGGACCCUAGGGCCCUUCCAGGAGGUAUUUGCCUGGAAGCAAAUAACUUUUAACAUACAAGGAAGUAUGCCUCUUCAAGAUCGGUUCGGAGAACUGGACGUCCAGGAGGAGUCUACCAGUGAAGGCGUACAAAAAAGACACACAAGCGAUAUCGUUUUUCACAACGACAACGAAGGUGAACGAGAUUGGAAUACACAAAACUCACGACUCAGAACGACUACUACAAUACGACCUUCACGGAACACCGGCUGGAAUCGCCCAUCCUCAACAUCUACAACGACGCCGCGGCCUUCAUCAGCUUUAUUUACAGAUGAAUCCCGGCAGUUUUUCGUUCAAUACAACAACCUACCAAUGGGCGUGGAGAGGGUCGGAAGACGGGUUUUCAUCACACUGCCAAGACGAAGAUAUGGCAUCCCUGCGACUCUGAACUAUCUCCACCUGGACCAGGACAGCAACACCCGCUCUCCUUCUCUCCGCCCGUACCCCAACUUCAGCGCCUCCAGCUAUCUCACUUCCGUAUACCGGACGAGAGCUGACCGUUGCGGAAGACUUUGGAUGGUUGACACUGGCAUGUUGGAGAUUCCUAAUAACCGCCAGCAAGUGCAGCCACCUGCAAUCGUCGUUUACGAUCUCAACACCGACAGACCAAUCUUAAGAUACAACUUUAAAACAUCGGACAUUCCUUCUGCUAUCACUCCUACAGGCCUCGCCUCCAUAACAGUGGACAUCCCAGAUAAUGACUGCAACGACGCCUAUGCCUACGUCCCAGAUCUCGCUACGUAUGGACUUAUCGUCUUUUCUUUGAAAUCCAAUGACAGCUGGAGGUUGAGUCACAACUUCUUUAGUUUCAACCCUUUAGUUGGAAACUUAAAUUUAGCUGGUCAACGUUUCCAAUGGAACGAUGGUAUCUUCAGCAUUACUCUCACAAAUCCCACAUCUGCGGGCUGCCGGGACGCGUUCUUCCACGCAAUGAUCGGCACCGAUGAGUUCUCAGUGUCCACUUGCACGCUGAGGAACAGGACUGCUAGCGAGGACAGCAAUUUUUGGAGUUUAUUCUCGAUAAUAGGCAACCGUGGCGCCAACAGCCAGUCCACCAUGCAUGGCUAUCACGCUGGCUCCAACGUCAUAUUCUUCGCUGACAUUGCACGCAGCGCUGUCUCUUGUUGGAACACCGGUAAUCCGCUCUCGUCCUCCACUGUGGGGAUAUUGGCUAGCGACACUAGAAGACUGGGUUAUCCUUCAGGUAAGUGUAGAUAAAGACGCCUCCAAGCA